GUAGUCUGAAAUAGAUAAAUAGACAGAAGCAUAGUGAGAGGGGAAAAGUCAGCAAAAUGUUUCUGAGGACAACAGUUAUUAAAAGGAUAGCUGAGAAACCCAUACUUGUACUUUUCCACUUAAAGAACUUUAGAUCUGGCCUGUUAGACUGAGUUUCAUUCUCCUUUUAUUUGUUUGUUUCCAUUCUAAGCUCCUCUUGGAUGGAAAGAUAAGUACAGUGAGACUGGGGAGAGGAAGGAAGCUGUGAAUGUCUUAGCUGGCUUUUAAGUGAGACGAUAUUCCAAAGACUGGACACUUUCUUUUAAAUAGAAAAAUUAAUAUUAUAUUGAUUGCUUGGCAUUCCAGGAUGGAAGAAGAGUUUUGAAUGAAAGGAUGUACCAGGAAACAGAACAUUAUGAUCGAGCAUUUCUGUGUCGAGGCACUUGAAAGAGAGGCUGCUGAAGCCUCCAGUUAAAACAAACAAACCAAACCACAAAGAACAACUCGUAUAUACCCCAGCUGGAGAAACUGCAGAAAGCUCUCCCAUUGUAUUUUAGAUCUCCACAAGAAAAAGUUAUGUUAUUUUGGGAAGUCGAGAGGGAGAACAAUUCUUACUAUUACUUAAACUUGGACUGCAGGAUUGGAUGGGGAUUGUUGCAUUGGCUGAAGACUAAAUAAAAGGAAGUUCAGAAAUGUUUAACUAGCCUCACUAACAGUAAUACGGUCAUAACUUAACUGUAUGGUGCUGAACAAUCAUUAUAUUGCUGUGUAAGUUGUUUGAAAAACACCUACAUCUUAUUUUGUCAGAACUUGUGCAGAUGUUUCCUUAAGAAUCUACUGAAUACAUCUCUUCUUUAAUACGGGCUUCCUGGUUUUGUUUUAAAUGGUAAUUCCAGGCUUCUGUAUUGAUUUUGUAUGUUUCUGUUUCAAGGGUCCAGUGGGUUACGACUGUUGUUGCCUUGCACUCGUCUCGUGACUCGUGACUCUUCACCAAUCACGGCGGAGUCCAUCAAGCCCACGCUGUGCAGAGUUGUCAUCUAUCUACAGAAGGAGAUGUCAGGGGACACCUGUCUAACCACUCUUUGUCCAGCUGCAGGAUCCAAGCCCAAAACUUGCAGCUUCAAAGGGGGCAACCUCGGUAACAAAUAUGUGCGACUAAAUGUUGGGGGCUCCUUAUAUUACACUACGGUUCAAGUACUGACCAGGCACGACACAAUGUUGAAGGCUAUGUUCAGUGGCAGGAUGGAAGUGCUCACAGACAAGGAAGGCUGGAUCCUUAUAGACCGUUGUGGGAAGCACUUUGGAACAAUUUUAAACUAUCUCCGAGAUGACACAAUUGCACUUCCAAAGCACAGACAGGAGGUCAAAGAGUUGAUGGCAGAAGCCAAAUAUUAUCUCAUUCAGGGCUUAGUAGACAUGUGCCAAGCAGCUCUGCAGGACAAGAAGGACUUGUAUGAACCUGUCUGUAACAUCCCUAUCAUCACAUCUCCAAAAGAAGAAGAGAGACUCAUAGAAUCAUCAAUGAAACCUGUUGUUAAGCUGCUUUAUAAUAGAAGCAACAACAAAUAUUCCUAUACCAGUAAUUCGGAUGACAACUUACUGAAGAAUAUAGAACUGUUUGACAAACUUUCUCUCCGAUUCAAUGGCAGAGUUCUCUUCAUUAAAGAUGUUAUAGGGGAUGAAAUCUGCUGCUGGUCUUUCUACGGACAGGGUCGGAAACUUGCUGAAGUCUGUUGUACCUCUAUAGUGUAUGCCACAGAGAAGAAGCAAACUAAGGUUGAAUUCCCGGAGGCACGAAUAUAUGAGGAAACACUAAAUGUUUUACUUUAUGAAACGCCACGAGUUCCCGAUAACUCUCUGCUGGAAGCAACAAGCAGGAGCCGAAGCCAGGCCUCUCACAGUGAGGAUGAUGAUGGUUUUGAACUUCGUGACCGAGUGCGCCGAAUCCACGUGAAGAGAUACAGCACCUAUGAUGACCGUCAGCUUGGCCACUAGCUUGUCAGUAGAAGAGAAAGGGUUUACUUUGAAGGCUUGUGUGGAUAUUCUUUGAGUGAGAUCAAGAAGUAGGGAGGGAUAAGUUGGACUCUGGACUAACCUUCAUCUGGCUUCUUGGCUCCUUAAAGAAGCUAAAGGGCAUUUGUGCACACAAAGUAACACUAAAGGCCAAAGGCUUUGAGAACUGACCUAUUAAUUUUGCACCACAUGCUUUAAAUAGAGACUGACCCCUUUGUUUGCUGCACAAGGAGUUGAAUCUUGAACACUACUACUGACAGUUCAUGGUUGGUCUUUCAUAUCUAAUGAUUUGCCAGUUAUCUUACUUCCUGUGAGAAGGACUGUUUUUCCUGGAUAAGAUGGUGUGAUUUGAAAAUCUUUUUCCAGAUACCUGCCCUUUUAGGGUUUUAUGUAAUGGAACUUCCAGUUUUUAAAUCAAAAUAUUAAAGGAGGGGGUGGAGAGGAUCAUCCAUGAACAUGGAUGCUUUUACCAAACACUAGGUCCUGAUAACCCAUGGAGGAAAUGAUUAGCUAUGCAGUAGUCAAAUACAGUGCACACAUGAUUUCUCCCACUUCUUUCCCCAGUACACAUACAAAAGUGUUUUUUUUUCCAAGAUAGCCAUCUUUAAAACUCAUUAAAUCUAAACUAUGAUCUUCCAAAAAGGUAAGAGUCAAGUCAUCAAAAACACUCCUCUUGUAUAAAAAUGAGACAAUUUUAAAAAUUUGAAUAAAUAUAUUGUCUUGGGAGAUGGAGAAAUAGGUGUGGUGAAGGAGUAAACUUACAAGUAAGAAAACUUCAGAAAUAGAUUGUGGCAGGAUUGCCACCCUUUAGGGUUUUGAUGGUGUAAUCCUUUUCAGUAUAAACAAUGGCAAUUGGGGAAUUCAUUUUGCAUAGUUUCCUCUUGUGGCCUGAAAGUGCUAUUUGAUAUUAGAUUUCUAUAGCUGAGGGGGAAAAAGUACAGUGACUGGUGAAGUACAGACUAAACAUCUUGUAAUGCUAGAUAAAUUCACUCUUCAGCGUGUGAACAUUAAGUUCUUUGUUCUGAAUCCCUUCUAGAGCAUGUAAGUUGAAGUGGAGAGAUAAGAAUAUCCAUAGAAAUCUUGUGCUAGCAUGAAAUAACAGAACACCUUCGACAUAGGAGAGAGGUGGUUUAUACUUAAACUGAAAUAUCAUCUUCGUUUUUCUGAAUGUUUGGCCUGGUGCCAAUUUUAAAAGGACUUUUCAGAAGGUUGGUGUCCAACCUGUUCUCCAAACUGGGUCUCUGGAAAGAGUUUCACGUUCAUAUGGAGAAGCUACUAAUGUAUUUUUAAAAGUUUGAUUGUAUCUUCCCAUCUAGGCUGCAGAUUCAAAUCUUACCACUAUUAUAAAUGGUUGUUACUUGAUGGUUGCUCAUUGGCACCUAUGGAUAUGUAAUAACAGUGGAGCAUGCUGUACAACUGCUUUUAUGUCCCUAUAUUAUAAAUGAACAAGGAAGCUUCAGGUUCCAGGAUGUUUAGGCUUGAAAUCCUUUGAUUAGUGCCAAAUUUAUGUACAAGUCUUAAACCAAAUUGUUGCAAAAGCCUGACAAGAAAAUAAGCCUAGAUUAAUACUGUCAAGUCAUAACUAAAAUCAAAAUGGCAGGUGUUUUAGUAGUAAUGGAUGUUUGCAGAGGAGGGAACAGAAAAGUGAUUUCCACUAGGUUAAGCUUUUGAAAAGCACUAAUAGCUGUUAACUCUUCACUGCAUAGCCAGGCCUCUACAUGUAGAAGGCUUUCACUUAAUUCUCCUCACAUCCAGGAAGUAGCAUUGCCACAGUAAUGCGCACCUGCCUUUUGGUGACAGGCAUCUUUAAAACACUAAUAACCAAUAGCCUCUUUUCUUUGAUAAUGCUUUCUGCAAGUUGUUGUUUUCCAGAUGGUUUUGCUAUUGUGCUAGUGAAAAUACAGCUGCUGAGAUUAGUUUUGACAAACAUGUUUGUGGGUUUUUUUUUUUUAUUCCACUAGAGUGUAAUGUGUUGGGUUUUUUUUCCUGAUACUGUUUAAAUUACAUUGUGGUGGGUGCUUUGAAGCUACCAAGAGAGGCUGCAGUCUUAGGGUCUUUUUGCUCUACUUAAUAACGUCAAUUUAUUCUUUUGUAUUUUGUUUCAUCCUGUGACAUGUAAAAUUCAUGUGUGGCACUUCUAUUUCCUGGCAAAUGUUGUAUAUUAAUUUUUCUUACUACUAACAAAGUGAUUUUUAGCAGAUUUAGUAGAUGAUUUUGGUAGCCUUGCAAAAGUUUGUUUAAAGCAGUUAUAAACAGAAAAAUUUCAUUAUUUUUAUGUAUCUUUUCUCUGGGAAGCACAGGGGAGGUAUCCCUUCUCUGGGAAGGAGCGCAUAUGGGAGAGUGAGUGUCAGAUCAGUGUGCUGGUCCAGAGGCUUUCAUUCAGUGGCUGGAUUCUGUACUCCCAGGACUCCUUAAUGAAAUUAAUUCAAAUUGUGAAUUAAUAUGCUACAAGAAGCAGAGAAAAGCUUGUGUUUUGGUUUAGUUGGUGUUCUUUUUCCUGUCUCCCACAGUAAGCAAGCAUUAUUACUUUCUGUUUUGAAUUUGGAUUAAAUUAAUCUCAGAAAAGAAACUGUUUUGAGAACGAUCUGGGGUUGUGAGAACCUUUUUAAAAUGGCAAAAUAACUUACUGAUACUUGUAGAAUAUGGAAUAUCAGUACGAACUGUAAGCAGUUAUGGAUGUUUUUAAAAUACAUCUAGAUAUCCUUCUUACUUCACCUUUGUCUCUCAUCCUCAUCAGUUCUCCCUGCUCUUUCCCAAAAUAGUAUCGGUCACAAAACUUCUACCUUUAGAUUAAGAUAUGACUAAAACUGGAAUGAUUUUAAAUAAUGUUUGGUCACUGUAGACAGAGCACCGUAUCAGUCUGUACGCUUUACUCAGAGUAAUGAUCUAAUUGUAUAAACACUGAAAUUUUGUCUAAUCAAACGACAUUCAAAGUCAUGGUCUUGGUGUUCUUAGUUCUGAUAAAUUUUUUCAGGAUGUGGUUGAGAGACCCUAGCUAAGUACCUGGGGUUGGAUUAGAUUAGCAAUCCUAUAGUUCCCUCCGUGGUGCACAGACCAGGGAUGGUAAAACACCAGGAAAUCCUCUGUGUAGGUGUAUUCUGGGAUGUGUGCUAUUAUAAGGACCUGCACACUGCAAAAUGAUUGUAAUAUUAGAAAUCCACUUUCUAGGUAAGGCCACUGUAUUCAUACAUUUCUGAUAAAAUCUAGAAUGCCCUGGGUUAUUUCUUACUUAGUGGUCACAUAAUUGGUAUUUUACAUGAAAUCGCAGUAAAUCUAAAUGUAGAUAUGGAUGCUGCCACCACUUACACAAUUCAUAGAUGAAACAUUUUUCUAAUACAAAUGGUAGAAUACAUUCUCUUAAAAAAAAUCUGCUUAUCUGAAAUUGCUCUAAUACAAAAUGUUAAUUGUAUGAUCUUUCCACCAAAAUCAUGACAUCUUGAUUGUAUAAUCAAACUACCAGGUUCUGAUAAUUUUAAAUACUGUGGUUUUGACAUAACUUAUGCUUUUUAUUCUCACCUUAAUCCUCCUUUACUUAAGGGAUAUAUUUUGUUUUGACAAGAAUACAUUCUAGAACACAUUUUUACAACCUGAUGUGAUAGAGAAUAAGUAAAACACUGAAAACACUGGAAAGGAUAAUGCGGCUUUGAAAUGCAGUCUUUACUUACUUGUAGUAAGCUGUCCACUUUUAGAGAGAGUGAACAUCUGUGCUUGCUAAGAAUCUUCUCUGCUGGCUUUAAAUAUCACAAAUAAUCCCUAUUAGGACAAUAUAGAUUUCUAAUUAUAUGCAUAUAAUGUCUGCAUAUUAUGAGACCUGUCAUAACUUCUUACAGAGAUCAUCACCAAUGGAUGUGUUUACUGAUGUGCCUGUGAAUUUAAAGUAGCCUUUAGGAAGAAGUGUCUCUUUGCUUCAUUUGUAGUGUAUGAAUUUUAACUACAUCAGCUAGCAUUCAUUAGCUGGUGGAGCUUCUUUGCAAACCUUACUGUCCUCUUCACUCUUGAAUUUAGGUGAACUUUAUGCAUUCACAUAUUACAGUAGCAGGCUGAGAGAAUGAGUGGAAAACAUCAACUGACAUCUACAGACAAGCACUGUAAUAAAGGGUUGUGUGUUUCUGUAACGGGGUCCUAACAUACGGCAAAACAGCCUCAGACUUUCUACAGAGAAGGAGAUCUGGUGCCUUGAGUGAAUGUCUUAUGUUAAACAGCUCUUCAGUAUCAGUGUUAAUUAGGCAAUAAUGUGAAAAGAAAUAGCACUGCUGGGUAGCAGCCUCCAACUGCUCAAUAAAUGCAGAGACAAAACUAAAUGUUUAACCUUCACCUUGGCAUUUAGAUUUUGGAACAGGAGACAUCUAUCCUAUUGUAAGAUUCCAUUCUGCUGACUUUUUAUCUCUUGCACUGCAUUGUUAAAAUAAAUAACCCAGACUAGGAUGGCAUUGGAGGGACUGAUACUAUGUUGUUAUUGAAAAGCUGCAUUCUGCUUGGAACAGGUAGUACUUCUGUGGUUUUGUUUAGAUUUUUUUCUUGACUUUUUUUUAAUUUUCAGACAUAAUUCGCUCCUAGAAAUACUGAAGAAGUAUAGCUUAACUGAAUGUGUCUAGCACAAUUAGAUUAUAUCCUCUGACAAUCCUUGGCAUUAAAUCUAUACAGCCAGAUUUCACACCACCCAUUCUGAUAGGAGAACUGGGAUUUUAUUAAGAAGUAAGGGGGCAUGAGUUCCAUUUCCAGCUUUGCCACUAACUUGGUGACAUAGAGCAAAUCAGUUGUCGUGUAUGUGCAUAACUUUCCUCAUUUGUAAUAAAAUGGGGGUAAGACCCUCCCCUACCUCAGAGGAGUGUUGAGACUUAAAUUGUGUAAUAAUAAUACAGCUCUUUGGAUUUCUGUACUAUUUUGUAUCCAGAGGGUAGCAAAUAUGAUUGCUGUUCUUGUUUUAACUGACAUUCUAUGAUCAAGCUGUUUUCUGAUAGCAUCAGGCUUUUGGUUUUUUUUUUUUAUGUCUAACUUUUAAGGGCAGUAACCAUAUUAACCACUGAAUAAAGUGUUUCCUCUGUCUUUUAUCAGUAUGUUAAAUGGAAAUGGAACACUAAUUUUUAAUAAACUGUUAUAUUUUA